AUGGCUCAGGAAGUUGCUGUUCCGCUCGGCCGGUUUUCAGAACCUCGACACCGUGAUGAUGAUGACAAUGAUGAUAAUGAUGGAGAUGAUGAUGAUGAUGAUGAUGGUGGUGGUGGUGGUGGUGGUGGUGGUGGGAAUGGGGAAGAUGAUGGCAGGCCUGUGAACCCCCGCCCGAGAAAGAGGAGGAGACUUGGCUGUUUGCCGACAGCAACCUCCAGAUCGAGCUUGCCGAGACAGAGGCGGUGUCUAAGGAAUACGAAAACGACAUCUUCCCAGCUUUAUUCUCUCUGUCAAAGCCGAAAAAAAGAGUUGCCGCCGUCGGAAAGGAUGCCACUUGCUAGGCGGUGCUCAGCGAUGAGCCUCCCCCCCUUUUCCCCUCCCACAUCACCACCUCGUCGUGCCGCUGCUCAGCCAUCCACCCCGCCGGUACAGACCAGUAAGGCCUUGUCAGCAGAAAAGGCCAAACGCCCACCAGCAUCCCUUCGAAAACUGCUCCCCAAAAUCGGCUUCUCCUGGCCGGUGCGCGAAACCCGAAACCGGCACAGCCGAAAGCUAGAAAGGAGGUUAGCCGGCCUGGAGGGACGUGAAAGAAGGGCUCUCCUGCACGCAUUCGGCGCGGGGGCCAACGAGCUGGACAAAAAAGUGGUAGAGAGGGGAUUGGUCUCUGUUUUUGAGGCUGGGUUGGGGGUUUUGAAAGGGGAGGGGAUGAAAAUGCGCAGCCUGGAAGAUCAGAGUUUAUUCUGGGAGGAGGUUAUCGCACACCAACCCGAGGCGUGGUUUGGACGUGUCACCGGGAAGGUCCUUCAUGGUUUGGUGUUGAUGACUGUUGAGGCUAGAUUCUGGGACAGGGAGCACGGGGUCAAAAUAGGGUGGAUGAACUCCGCGAGGGGGAGAAGCGAGCUUGUAAGGGUGGUGGACGAGUUUACCGCUUGGUUGGAGGAGAAUGAAGAUGGGCAGACGCGAAAGGAGUAUUUUGGCGGGAUUGAAGGGGCGGUGCAUGUUGAUCUUUUGGCUGACGAGAGAACCGAACAGGGGAGAAGUAUUCUGGAGGAGUUUAGUGCGAGGUAUGGGGUGGAGGAUAUGGAUGUUUAUGUUGAUUUUGACGAGCAGUUGGCCGAGGAGCUGGGGGAUCUGAUGGCGAGGUUGGCAAUUGAUGCUGAUGAGGAGAUGGUGGAUGUUGACUGGGAGCAGGAUUGGGAGGGGUGGAGCGAGGGGGGGAUUUUGUAA